AUGCGUUUAGCAUACAAUCAAAGUUUCCCACUGUCGCUGAUAGUGGUAGUGCUAUUAUUGGUAGCGAAUCAGGCAUUUUCCUUCGGCAUUCAUCGACAACCAAUUUCCUCGCAUAAUCUACAACAAAGUCAAUUUCCAGAACCAAAGCAUCGUCGAGCAGUUUUCAACCGCCCGAGCAAAUUGUCGGCUGGUAAUUCAUCGCUAAAUCAAUCAUCGGAAACUGUCUGUAACCAAAGCGAAAACUCGCGGACACCAGCGGCGUAUUCUUAUCAUCUCUUGUGGACUCCAGGAUUUGCUCGAAAAUUGAUGCUAUCGACGCUCUUAUUGACCGUUGGUCACAACUUUGUUUUCCCUCAUCUGGUGGCCUCUUCAACGUCUAAUGCUUCCAUGGGCUGGAUCUCAUCAUUCUUGCUUUCUCUAUUGGCUAGUUCUUGUUGUCUCAUUCAAAUGAUUGCAAACGUUUUAAUCAGUACAGUAGGUUGCUUGGGGUUGAACACUGCAUUGGGGCCUGUUCGGCCAUACUUUUUCUCGCUUUUGCUUUAUGUUAAUGCUCUUACGAUUAAAAAAGGGCUAUCUACCAUUCCACAGAUGGUUAUGCGAACCAUCAUUGCGCUCCUACCCGAAGGAUUGCAUCUGUGGACCAACUACCGCAACAAACGUUACCAAAGCAUCAAUACUGAAGUUGGCGUUGAAGCUGGGGACGUCUCCGCCACUGUCGAAUCCAGCAUUAAUAGCAGCAAUGGUUCCUUCAGCAAAGAAGUUUCCAACGAUAGGUCCAUCAACAUGGUCAUGGAGUUAGAUGUUCCAACCAUGGGAUGUGUCGCGUGCAUCAACAAAAUUGAUCGCCUUCUGCGACAGUCCCAAGAACAAAGCACAGAAAGCAACAAAGUGCGCAGUGUCUCUUCCAUUUUGGAUGCAGAGAAAGCCAAGGGAGGAAAGGCGGUAGUAAAAUUGAGCGUUGGUUCUACAGAAGAAGCGGAAAAAAUCGGAAAUUCGUUGGUGGAGCAAUUAGACAAGCUUGGAUUCCCUGGUGCAUCCAUUAUCAGUAAGGAAACUGUGUCACGGUAG